AACAAACUGCCGAGGAAGAAAAUAUAAAAUGGGUAGAAGACAGAAUUGUCAAGUGAUGUAGAAUUGCUGCUAGCUCAACAGCAAACUCUCCUGUGGAAUGAAGAUAAGUACUUGGAAAUUGCUCCUGCUCAAAAGAACACACCCUUGUCCAUCAUAUACGAUGAACAUGCAGAAGAGUUGUCAUAUCAUCUACUUGGGAAGAUCGAGGCAAUUUAAAGAAGACCACAAGGUGGGUGGAUCCAGUGGAUUGUUGAUGGAUUUGGCAGCUAAUGAAAAGGCAGUCCAUGCCGAAUUCUUCAAUGAUUUUGAUGAUCUUUAUGAUGACGACGACCUGCAAUGAUACAGUAUCAUUUGUACACAUACCAUGGUACCUGUUAUUGCAGAACUAUGCAUCUACAUAUUUCUUGAACAGGACUUGACAUCAGAAAUAAAGACUUUAUAUUGAAGUUCUAUUAUAUAGUUCCAUAUUAUAUUGAAAUCACAUAUUCCUAAUAUUUUAUUCCCUGCACUGUGCUUAUUUUCUCUUUGAGAGAGCUGAUUGAAUUUGAUUUCUUAAAUAGGUACAAGUAACAGUUAAUGUACCUGUUGGUAGGAAACCAUUGGAUGCCAAGUACAUGCUGUGCAGAAUGUAUAGGUUUUACAACAGUACAAAAAUAAUCAGUUCCAGAAUUUUUAUUACCUACCAGAACUGAUGCCCUUAUACUGUCUGUGAAUCACAAUUAUAACACGAAGUUCAGGAUUUGUAUAUUACAUCUUCUGGAAGCACAUGAAUAAGUGGCCACAAUUUUAUGAGAUUUUCUGUAAUGAAUAAACAUCUUUUCUGUUAAGUUUGUUUUUGCAUUCCCAGUAGUUUAAUAUACUUAAACAAAAUCAAGUAGCAGCAGAUGUAAAGAUAUAAUUGGAAUGAACUGCAGGCCAAGAUUAAAUAUUUUGCAUGAUUCUAUGAAGCAGGUUUUUAUUGCAGUGCUUACCGAUUAUACUCAUACUUAAGGAAGUAGUAGAUUAAAAUCUUGGUGCAGCCAUCAUUUCCCUCGGUGUAUCCUCAAAUAUAUGAUCACUACAUUGCACAUGCUUACCUAUUUACCAUUCAAGAUCCAUCUCUUCCAAUUUUACAGAACCUACAAAGUUGAGGAAGAGAACUGUUAAGUAAUCUAAGAAUUAUUUAAGGAGUACAGAUGAAAGCAUAUAAAGUAGGCACUGAAGCUGGCAUUCUUCUUUUAAAGAUAAGGGUUCUCAGAAGAAUCAUGUACAGUAUCAUGAAAGUAACAGCUAUCCUGCAUUAAGUGAGCACUGGCAAUAUGCAUGGUGCAGUAAUUGAAGGUAUGGUUUAUGACAUGAUUUUGACAAGUUUACAUGUAUAUCAUAAUGCAGCUUAGAUGAGGGUAAUAUGUAUGUUCCAGUAUUUUGCUGAAAUAAAUUUUAUUUCUGAUUGUUGCCUUUUA